AUGUCUCUGAAAAUCCUUGUUCCUUUUCCAGUCAGAGGUGAUCUAGUUCCGUUUGUCCCACCAGAUGCGGCAGCUGCGUUUCCUGCAGUGCGCUCCAAAGAGUCUGGCGUGCUUCACAGCUUCUACUCAGGUCGGUCAGGUGCACCCAAUGCCGGUGUUCCAAUGCCUGGGGUCCACCCUCCUCGCCCUCUGAGCCUCGGCCUUGAGGGUCUCCAGGACGGCGACAGCCGCUCAGCGGCGGCCGGAGACCUUCAACCUGCAGCUGAAUCGGAGGCACAACAGCGUAAUAGCCUGAUACUCCACGGGUCCCGGGUGCAUUGCUUUUGCUGUGCUGUUGCCAAGAUCUUGGCCAGCCAUGAGCCUGAAGAGGUGCUUGAACUCUGUGCGCAGCACUUGGCCCAGUUCGACAUGGUGAAUCUCCCCACCUCGUGGGGUCACCCAGUGCUUCGGCCUGCGCCUGCGCCUGUGGUGUUUGCGACCGCCGCCAGGCUGCAGUGCCUGGCACGGAUGUCGGUCGAUCCUUCAGAUGCGCCCCAUGACCUUCUGAUCAACGUGCCAUGGCUUGAUGGUCACGACGCACAUUUUGGCUCGCAGGCAGCUAAAACUUGCAGCAUCUCAACGCUUUAG